AUGUCUACAGUAUCCAAAUAUCUCCCGUUUGCGCCCGCCACCACAACCGCUCAAGCCGGAACGUAUCUCUUCGCCGUUUGUCUGUUCUCCAUCUCCUUCCUGGUCUUCCUCAACAGCAGCGUAUCAUUUGUCAUUACGGAUUUAAUAGGGCGGAAAGACUCUGUCGGGGAUCUGGUGGGAACGCUCGGCUUCGCAGAUGAGUUGGUUGCGCUGUUCGCGUGUCCAUUGUGGGGUAUACUUUCGGACAGGCUUGGUGUACGCAUUGUAUGCGUACUAGGAUAUACAAUUGUGGGAGCGGCCUUGCUUCUGUUUGUACAGGCUCGAAAUGUUUACCCGCAGCUUCUUCUGGCAAGAAUGCUGUUUAGUAUUGGUGGUGCAGCGACUGCCACGAUGGUGACAGCCAUACUCCCCUCAAUGACCGGCAACUAUGGAGACCAAGCAAUUGGAAACACACCUUCGACAAUAGAUGGAAGUGUACAGAAUAGCGUUGCGCCAUCUCUCGAUUCCGAAGCUACCAUUACUCCUGCAACAUACAAUGGCAGACCGAAAGCCACGCAUACCGAUAAUAACCCAUCUACAACGAAAUCUUCAUCAAGUACCCCGAGACUGGCAGGCUUGGUUGGCGUUUUCACCGGCUGUGGGGCCUUAGUAGCCCUGAGCCUUUUUCUUCCACUGCCUACACAAUUUUCCCGUAUUGAUGGGGUAUCGCAGGGUCAGGCCGUAGCAGACAGCUUUUAUGUUGUUGGUGGAAUAUCAUUUCUAGUUGCUUAUUUCUGUUUCCUUGGGCUCCGUGGACUGCAGGGUGAAGAGGGAAAGGGCUGGCGCUUACUCCUUGGAAAGUCUCCGGUCUCUCAAGGAUAUCAGACCGCGUCUCAGUCAGAUGACUCGGAAGAAAACGUCGUGCGAGCUCCUUUCCUACCAUACUGGAGACUUCUGUUUGAUUCUACAGUACUUGGGUUUACAGAUGCUCGGAUUGGGUUGGGCUAUCUUGGAGGCUUUGUAGCCCGAGCUUCUUCUGUGGGGAUCUCCCUCUUCAUUCCGCUCUUCGUCAACUCCUAUUUCAUUCACGAGGGCUUCUGCCAGGGCUCCCCCAAUGACCCAUCUCCUGAGCUUAAGAAAGAGUGUAGGGCAGCGUACGUUCUCGCUGCUGAACUGACAGGGGUCUCGCAACUUGCUGCCCUUCUCUGUGCGCCGCUGUUUGGAUUCCUUUCGGAUCGCUAUCGUAGAUUUAAUGUACCGCUUCUUGUGGCUAGUGUCUUUGGAGUCAUUGGAUACACAGCCUUUGCGAUGCUUACUAGCCCGGAACCAAAGGACAUCAAUGGCAGAGGAGGAAGUCCAGCGGUUUUUCUCAUCGUGGUCCUUAUAGGCAUUAGCCAGAUCGGUGCCAUUGUGUGUAGCUUAGGUCUCCUUGGCCAAGGUGUUCUUGGUGGUGGUGGUGGAGGCACUGACGUUCCUUCUCAACUUGAUUAUUCUCACUCUUCGGCUUCCGUUACUGCUGACUCUGUUGAAACGACGCCGCUCGUGGCAUCUCGAUCGCCAGCUACAGCUCACUCCUCCAGAAGCCAUCUCAAAGGUUCCAUUGCUGGCGUUUACAGCCUUUCAGGGGGGGCAGCCAUCUUGCUACUAACAAAGCUUGGAGGAUACCUUUUUGACAGCUUAUCGAGUGGAGCCCCAUUUUACAUGAUGGCAAUUUUCAAUGGGAUCCUAUUCAUCGUGGGUAUCGGAGCUGGAAUUUAUCGCGAGGUUCGGACUCGUAAACAGAAAUCCUGA